AUGGCAGGAAUUGCCCAGUUUGGGCUUGUGAUUGCAGGACGUCCCGUUAUGACUGAUUUUCGAGAGAUUGGUCCAGCACACUACGUAGUGGAUAUCCUCGACCCAACACAGAUUACGGACCUUACAUUCUUUUUAUUACCAGGAUCACCAGUGCCGUUAGGCUUUUGGAGGUACGUCAAAUCGGUCUUGUAUUUUGCAGUGCCUGCGUUGCAGAACUGGCAAUUACUAGGGACAGUAUUUGCAGAAAAACCGAGCGCUAUCUUCCGGACAUCGUGGCCAACACAUCCAGACGUAGUGGGCCAGCCCGUCUUGCAACUUGGUGUGUCCAUUGAAAAUCUGGACAGUGUCAAGAACUUGGGCAUUGAAGCUAGCGGACUGGAGGAACGCAAAGCGUUUGCGUUAAAAAUUGCUCAGGACCUAUUCAACUACCUCAGUUCCUUUUCUACGAGCAACAAUCAGAGCUAUAUGACGAUCCCCACAAAUUUGCUUGACAAGUGGAUGGAACGAAUUGUGACGAAGAAGAAGAACAAGUCGUUGGACGCACUACAAUUUAUUUCACAGCACUAUGGCAUUGUCCUCGUCAACAAACAUGUUCAGGCAGCACUUUGUAGGUCAAUUCCAUAUCAAAGUUACGCAAUGACGACGUUAUUGUUGCAGCUACAUUCUGGUCGGUGA